AGGCUGAACAGAGAUUUAUUCAUCAUUAAGACAGCGCUGAAUGGUCAACCACAAGGCUGUUGCCACAAUCAUGGUCUGACCACAGUACAUGCCCUCAGGCUUUUAUAUGCUACUCCUCUAUCAGGUAAAUAUAUGCAAUCCUCGCGCCCAUAUCAUUUUUGCAAUAUUAUUGGCUAAAGCAAUGCGUAAGCAGCUCACGGACACACUACCUGGCCUUCCAAUUGGGCACACCAUAUUUGGAAUUGUUUUCUGCUUAGAAACUCCUGUUACCUUAUUAAGGUGUCAUCCUCAAAUCAUUCCUUUUCAGCAGGUUUGGGCUUCUUACCAUUCUGACUCCUAAGCAUAGGCAGUAAUUUCAGUUUUAACUACUUCUAUAUACGUAUCCAGAAAAAACUGCUCCCUUUCCCUUAUGGGGUAUUCCGGAGCCCGUACAGAGUCCUUAUGUGGGUUCCCUAUUGGUAGGAGAAAAUAACAGAGGCCAGCCAGAGUAUAUUGAGAAGCAAAGCAGCUAGUAAGCCUGAUCUUUAUUCAAGGAACUGUUGCAAUAGCGUCCCCACUCAGCACACGCGAGGGAGGAGAACCCUGAACAAUGGUGUGCAAGCCCAUAUAUAGACUUGCAAUUGUCCCCCCAGUAGCUCAAGACCACACCUCAUACAUACAUACAUACAUAACAGAAGGAGGCAGUCUCCAGCAGAAAUCCUGCCUGCCAGGAUACCUGACAACCAUCACUGAUUGCUUUACCUGGGCAGCCUGGCCAUUCUUUUGUGAUGGUUAAUACUUUAGCUCCUGAAUCCAGGUAACAGGGUCACCCCAUUCAUACACAAAUAUGCCCUUAAGACAGGAUUUGAAAUCAAAAAGACAAUGGGAAGGCUUUCGCUAUUUGCCUCCCUUACUGCAGAGGAAUAUUUGAGGUCAUUGGGAGAGUCAAAAUGGCUGCUGCAUUGCUCUCCCAUACUAUUUCAGACACAUGAUUCAUAUAUUUAGAUAUGUGUGCAUUUAUGAAUAUUUAUUAAAGGUCAAAAGCAGCACCUUGAACCUGACCCUGUACUCUACCGGGAGCCAGUGCAGCUGGAAAAGCACUGGGUGAAUAUGCUCCCCUGGCAGAGACCCCGUGAGGAGCCUCGCUGCAGCAUUCUGCACCCGCUGGAGUUUCUGGGACAGCUUCAAGGGCAGCCCCGCGUAGAGCGAAUUACAGUAGUCAAGCCUGGAGAUGACCGUUGCAUGGAUCACUGUGGCCAGGGCGGGGCGGGAAAGAUAAGGGACCAACUGCUUGAUGCGGUGAAGGUGGAAAAAUGUUGCCUUGGCUGUUGCUGUAACUUGCACCUCCAUGGAAAGGGAGGCGUCAAGGAUUACACCCAAACUCUUAACGGAAGGCAAUGGCACUAAUUGGGCCCCGCAAGAGAAGGGAGUUGGUCCCUCAUUCCCAUGCCAUCCCGACCCAGCCAUAGGACCUCUGUCUUCGAAGGAUUUAGUUUCAAUCGGCUCCCACGAAACCAUCCAGCCACAGCUUCCAAGCAUCUGGUCAGUGUGUUCGGGGCCGAGUUGGUGUGCCCAUCCAUCAGCAGAUACAGCUGAGUGUCAUCAGCAUAUUGGUGACAGCCCAGCCCAAAGCUCUGGAUAAUCUGGGCAAGGGGGUGCAUAAAGAUGUUAAAAAGCAUUGGGGAGAGGAUUGUGCCCUGCGGCACUCCACACACCAAGGAAUGGCGCGACGACAUUUCCCUCCCUAGUGCCACCCUCUGUCCCUGACCAGAGAUAAAAGAGCACAGCCAGUUACAGGCUAUGCCCUGUAUCCCCACGUCUGCGAGGCGGUGGUCCAGAAGAUCAUGAUCGACCAUGUCAAAGGCUGCUGACAAAUCUAAAAGGAUCACCAGUCCUGACCCGCCUCGAUCCAGUUGUCUACGGAGAUCAUCUGUUAGGGCAACCAGAGCCGUCUCUGUUUUUCUAACAAUAACAUUAUGCAUGCCCCCUAAUACACAUAUUUCUAACACAGUUUAGUAAAAAGGCAAAUGACAUAAUGACAUGGUAAAUAUAAUGGAUGAAGAAAAUGGAUAGAGAAAAGUUGCUAUCUCUCCUGUAACGUAACACACCCCAUGAAGCUGAGCAAUGCAAGAUUCAGAAUCCAAUAAAAAAGGACUUAUUGGUUAAUCUAUGGAACUCCCUCCCAAAGGAGACAGCCCAGUUUGAAGUUCACGGAGGAGGAGCUACCAGCCACAAUGGCUGGAAACCGCAGCAGGGGACGCUUGCUCUUGCGCUCGGAUUCUGUCUGCAGGUGUGCCCCUCUGGCCUGAUCCAGCUGCUGCAGGUUCUCCUGGCGCCCUUAGGUAACAAUAACUAUUUAUACCCUGCACUCUGGGCGGCUCCCAAUAAAAUAUUAAAAACACGGUAAAACAUCAGUCAUUAAAAACUUCCCUCAACAGGGCUGCCUUCUAAAAGUCAGACAGUUGUUUAUUUCUUUGACAUCUGAUGGGAGGGUGUUCCACAGGGCAGGUGCCACCACUGAGAAGGCCCUCUGCCUGGUUCCCUGUUACCUCACUUCUUGCAGGGAGGGAACCGCCAGGAGGCCCUUGGAGCUGGAUCUCAGUGUCCGGGCAGAACAAUGGGGGUGGAGACGCUCCUUCAGGUAUACUGGGCCAAGGCUGCUUAGGGCUUAGGUUCAACGUAUGAGCAUCGGGAGGCUACCCAAAGGUCCCUUCUCCCAAGGGCAGAACUGCGGCUUCCCGACAGACAGAAAUUCGCCAGGGGAACCUUCUCCUGUGUCUCCACCUGUUGAACUUCUGCCUGUCGAGAGGCUGCUCUUUCUCUUUGGGAGAGUUUUCAGUGCCAGGCUGUCCACAGACAGAGAUGAUGAUGGUGGUGGUGAUGAUGAUAAUAAUAAUAAUAAUAAAUUACUUAUACCCCGCCCAUCUGGCUGGGUUCCCGCAGCCACUCUGGGCGGCUUCCAACAAAAGAUUAAAAAGACAUCAAAACAUCAGCCCUUAAAAACUUCCCUAAUCCAGGGCUCCGUUUGCUGCCCGCUGCUUUGGCCCAAGCUUGGCUGGGGCGGGGAGAGGCGCCUGGCCCUCGGGCUUCCCCCGAAAACUCGGACACUGCGUCUCUCCCGGCGCCCUCCGCUUCCGUACAACAGGAUGGCUGCCUCCACGAAGCGGGAAGAACAAGUGAGCAUGCGCAGAGGCCGAGAAGCGGCGCCGAAGAAACGAGGGCGACCAAUAGGAAACUCCCGAGGAAGAGGGCGCGGGGCGCGUGCGCGAGCACCUCAGAGCCGAGGAAUUCCUUCCCGCGGAAUGGAGGGAAGCGACCGGCCCGGCCUCCCUUCCCGCCUCCGGCCCGGACGAGGCGCGCUCCUCGGGGGCCUCUUCCCCUAAGGCAAGGCGGCGCGCGGCGGCCGGAAGGGGCCCGCCCAACCCAACGGCUCCCGUGGAUUCAAAUCGCGGGCGCGUGACGCGGUCACGUGGCCGGAAGAGGCGACUCCGUACGGCAAGGUGGCGGCGCCCCGGGGCCUCGGCGAGGCCUCCCGUUCGGGGCGGGAAGGAGCGAGGCAGGGGCCGGGGGGGCCGCGGAGACGCGGGCGGAGCGCCCGACGCUCGGCCUCAGCAGGGCCGCCGAGCGCCGCAGAGGGAGCGCGGGAAAGCCGCCUCCGGCGCCCGGCUCCUCGCCGUACGGCAAGAUGGCGGCAAAGGCGGGAACUUCCGGUCCCGCGCGGUGGGCCGGGAGGAAGGGAGGCAUUUCUUCUUGGCCGGCCGCGGAGGAGGGAAGGGGCACGAAAGCGGAGCCGGAGGAGGGCGGCGAGGGCGCGCCGAGAGAGAGGGCCGCAGCCGGCGGGCCGGGGUCGGGGAGCCCUCGGGGCCGGGUCUCGGGCCUUUGUUCUUGGGCCAGGUGGGCGGGGAGAAGGGAGGAGAUUCCCGCUGUUGGGGGCGGGGGGGGAGGGGAGGGGAGACCCCCCAAGAACAGCCCGGGGUGCGGUCUUUCUAGCGGGCGAGUGACGUCCUCUUUCCUCCCGCAGGCGACGCCCGAGGGUGCUGUGCCGGGCCCCUCCUGGGCCCCGCUCGGCCCGCCCCUCCUGCCCACCUGCCGGCGCCGCCAUGGCCUCCCCCAGCGGCAGCAUCAUCAUCCUGGACGAAGACGAGGAGGCCCCGCAGCCCCCCAGCCGGGAAGCCCCCCUUGCGCCUCCGCAGCCUCCGUCCCAGAAGGACCCCGCCAGCCUCGAGGCCGAGAACCAGCGGCUCUUUGCGGAGGUGAGGUCGGGAGGCCCCCGCGGGCGGGAAUGUGGGGAGACCCUCUUCUCUGCCUGGGGAUGGGGCGGGGGGGGAUCUUCUUGUUUCCCCCCCCGGCUGGGCUUCCUUCCCAGCCCAAGGGGGGAAUGUGGGGAGACCCUCUUCUCUGCCUGGGGAUGGGGCGGGGGGGAUCUUCUUCCCCCCCCUCCCCAGCUGGGCUUCCUCUUCUGCCGCCUGGGAUGGGCGCGGGGGACUUCGUAUCCCCCAGCUGGGCUUCCUUCCCCAAGUCCUUUCUCGGCUGGCCUUAGUGACUCAGAACUGCUUUUGGGUGGGGGGGGUUGCCUUUCCCCUUCCGCCAGGAGUUGGGGAGCUGGUCUGCCUGGGCUCCUGACGGAGGCCCACCUGAAGCCGCAGGGGAUGGGUGUCUGCAGGUUUGCGUUCCAUCGGGGCAGCAGGGCUCCCAGCCUCAGGCAUUCAUUCUUAGGGCGGUCAUUGCUAGCCGUGUUGCAGGUCUCACAGAACGCCUCUUCCACAUUUGUCAGAAACUGGUCUUUUAGUGGCGGCUCUGGAAUUCCCUGUCUGUUGAUGUCAGGAGUAGUGUGUUUGCUGUGCUCUUUUUGGCUCCUGCUCAAAAAAUGUCUGGGCAGGUGAACCUGCCCAGACAUUUAGAAACGUGUUGUUAUUAUUAUUAAGAAAUUUGGUUGCCAAAAGGUGCCUAGAUGUUUCGUUGUGGCGACUGUAACCUAGGCUUAAGGUGGCAUUUGGUGAUUUGCUAAUAUUCUGUAUAUGAGCUUUUAACACUGUGGCAAGGCCUCAGCGGGCCAAAGCUUCUCCCCUCUCUGGGCCUAGAGCAUGAGUUGGCAAACCAAGGUUUGUGGGCCGGAUCAGGCCCAAUUGCCUUCGAGAUCCAGCCUGCGGACAGACCGGGAAUCCAGGCAGCUGGCAUAGCCAGCGCGCGAUGUUUUUUGUGACUCAUCCAGGCUUGGGGGUCAAAAGUGAGGUGGGCGGCUGCUUGAAACAAGUCCCUUUUCUGUCCAUCGUGUGCGCGCACUGCAAUCUUUUCUUCCAGGGUGGGGAAGAGGGAAAAGGAUCCAAGAAUGGCGCGCUUACCUCAGCCCCCCCCCCCCCCGCCUUGUGAGAGAAAUAACAACUGUUAAUGCAUAAAAUGCAAAGGAAGCAGUGUGGGUGUGUGAGGGAAACCCCCCCCCCUGCAAAUCACAUUUGGGUAACAUUGGGGUUGGUCCAAAUAAGAGUUUUUGCCAAAAAUGCGGGUCAUAAUCAUGGCAACAUAUAGUCCGGCCCCCCACAAGGUCUGAGGGACAGUGGACUGGCCCCCUGCUGAAAAAGUUUGCUGACCCUGGCCUAGAGCCCAGCAUCCCAAAGUCUGCAAUUAAGCAGAGUGUGAAAGGGAGCCAAUCAGCAUAUAGGUAAAAAGGUAAAGGCCCCGGGACGGUGAAGUUCAGUCCAAAGCGACUCUGGGGUGCAGCGUUCAUCUCACUUUCAGGCCAAGGGAGCCGGCGUUGGUCCACAGGCAGCUUUCCGGGUCAGGUGGCCAGCAGGACGAUGCCACUUCUGGAGGCUGAUUGUGGGGAAAUGAAACCAGGUGCCUCCUCUGCCAAGAAUGUUCUGGGGGCACAGGACAGGAAGGUAGCGGACUCUUAAGCAGGGAUUGGGCAGCCGUCUGUCCUGGAUGCUUGAGCUGAGAUUCCUGCAUUGCCAGGGGCUGGACUAGAUGACCAUUCUGUGACUGGGAAGCUGCCCCCCCGGUGUCUUGUGUUCAGGUUGGGAGCGACCUUUGGCUGGCAGAGGGUGGAUGCGCCACGGACAAGGCCUCCUCCGUUGCGCAGUCCCUCCACCUUCUCUCAAAGCCACGCUGGAAGUCUUCCAGGGGCGUUGCAGCCUCCUCUGUGCAGGGCCUGUCAAAGGGCUGCCGCUCCCUGGCAGGCUCCGUCCUCAAUGCGGUUUGUUUCCUUCUCUUCCAACGUGCCUGAGACCUCGCCUGAAGAUCACAAAACUCGGGCAGCUUUGUAGGAGGGAGUACGGGUGGCCUUGCCUGCCUCCUGUGGGAGGGAGUUCCACAGUUGAACAAUGUGCUGCGCAGAUAAGUCCUUUCUUUGAUCUGCCCCGAAUCUCCCGACAUCCGGCUUCCUUGGAGGUCGAGUUCGAGUGUUGAGAGAGAGAGAGAAGAAAGGUUUUCUCUCCCUGCUUCCUCCAUCAUGCUGCCUUCUCUGCUACCAGAAAGCCCCAGGCGCAGGAGAGGAUUGCCUUUCAAAAUGGCCCCUCUCUUGGCCAGUUCCAGGGGGCCCCUCCAAGUUUCUAGUCCCUGGUGGGGACUCCCGUGGGUGCAGGCUUCGGUCGGAGGGUGGGUAGGCUCCCUGCGCCCCUGACCCUCUCCUCUCCUUUCUCCGCAGUUUGUGGCCUUCUGCUCCUUGCACACGGCCGACCACCCGGAGGUGAUCCCCUACCUGACGGGGCGGCACCAGAAGGCAGCGCCCGCCUUCCUCUCCUCGGUGGAGUUCCGCAACGUCCUGGGCCGCUGCCUGGCGCGGGUGCAGGCGCGCAGCACCAAGGUCUACGUCUACAUCAACGAGCUCUGCACCGUCUUCCGGGCCCACAGCCAGAAGAAGAAGCUGCCCCUGCCGGCUCCAGAGCCAGAAGCCCCUGGGCCCAGCGCCACCCCUGCCGGCCCCGCAAACGCUCCGGGCCCUGCUGCCCAGGCUCCGGGCCCCGCUGCCAAGGCUCCGGGCGAGGGCUCCAAGCGGCAGAUCCGCUACCUGGAGGACCUGCUGCGGCUCCACGAGGUGGAGAUCCGGAAGCUGCAGGAGCGGGAGCUGGACCUGGAGGAGCUGGACAGCGAGGACUCGACGUACCUGCAGGAGAGCCGGCUGAAGCGGCGCAUGGUGCGCAUCUUCCAGCGCCUCUGCCAGCUGAAGGACUGCAGCAGCCUGACGGGGCGCGUCAUCGAGCAGCGCAUCCCCUACCGCGGCACCCGCUACCCGGAGGUCAACCGGCGCAUCGAGCGCCUCAUCAACCGCCCCGAGGCCUUUCCCGACUACGCCGACAUCCUCAAGGCCGUACAGAAGGCCAGCACCCGCCACAGGCUGGGCCUGCCCAAGCGCCAGAUGGAGAGCAUGGCGGCCGAGGCCUUCCGCGAGGUGGGCAACCGUCUCCAGGAGCGCCGCCACCUCGACCUCGUCUACAACUUCGGCAGCCACCUCACCGACCAGUACCGGCCCAGUGAGCACCCAGGGGCACUGGCGGGGGGCGCAGGGGGCACAACAGGCCGGCCGCCAUGUUCCCCGGCCUGUUUGAACACACGCAGGUGCCUCAGUUCAGACAAAGGCACACAUAAUAAAAAUAGCGGGGAAAUGGAAAUUCCCCUCCGAGGAGGCCGUGGGGGGGGGGGGAGUUGGCCAUCAUUCCCGUAGGGCUUUAAAGAUGUUUCAAAGUUCAGAAACAUGCACACACUAUGGAAAUAGUGGGAAUUGUUGAAAAUUUCCCUCAGAGGAAGCCAUUCUGAGGGAAACUGCCAUCGAAUGCACAAAUGAAACAAGUGGCGGGAGAUCUUGGCGGUUCCCUCAGAGGAGGCCAUUUUGAGGGGGGAGUGCAGGACUCCUGCCCACGGCCAUCCCAUCGCCUUUCUGGUUAAAAGCCGGGUGCACAGACCCCUUCUGGCACCUGAGCGUAUUUCAGAUUGUCCGACUCUUACAAAGCUCCAGGCCAGGCAGGGGCUCGGGGGGUUCUUGGCAUUGUGGAGCUUUGCGGGACCUGGGGGUCAUCCAUCCCAACCCGCUGCAACGCCCGGCCCAUCUCUUCCCCUGCAGAUUCGGACCCGGCCUUGUCGGACCCUGAGCUGGCCCGGCGCCUGCGCCAGAACCGGGAGAAGGCCCUGCAGCGCCUGGAGGAGGUGACCUCCCAGUUUGCGCAGCUGCAGGACAGGAGCGAGGACGAGGGGCAGCGGCGCCGGAGGGAAUCGCGGGGCGGCAGCGCUGGCGGAGACGGGCCCGGGCCCAGCGAUGCCCCCGGGCGCCAGCAGGGGGAGCCAGCCUCUCCCCAGGAGGUGAGGGGCUUGGCGCGGAAAAGAUGGUGCCCCUCGCGGCAGGCUGGGCUUCCGGCAGAGGGGGCUCUUUCUGGGCGGGGGCCUUUCCCCACCCGCCUCCUUUGAAAGGACCCCCUCUCUCGCGCUGGGCUGGGUUCAAGGUCCUCAGCGUUGAUUCACAGAGGCCUGCGCCUGAACCCUUCCAGCCCAUCUGGGCCCGCCUGCAGGAGCAUCACUGGCCAUUCCCUAAGUCAGCCAGACAACACUCAGAAGCGGAGCCUUUUAUGUCGAUCAACAAAGAAUAAUUAUAAUUAUAAUAAUAAAGUGUUGAUGGCCCAGCCCUGUGGAACUCCCUGCCCCUGGAGAUUCAGCAGGCAUCUUCCAGCCAUCCUUCAAAGGCUUGCCGAGAGCCUCUGUAUUCCACCGGGAAAUUAAGGAUACCAGUUUCCUGCAAUAGAUUUGUGACUGUAACACUCCCCCCCCCCAUGUAAUGUUCAUUGAGUUUCCAAAUUUUUACAAGCUAACUUCAGAUUAUAUAGAGAGAUUGUUUUGCGUAUUGACUUCCCAGCACCUAGUCUUUUUAUUCAAACUCUUUUCUACUGCAUUAUAUUUCAAUUUCUCAUCUAUUACCAACCUCUCCCUAGUACAGUUCCUUUAUCGUUUUUCUUCUGUUAGUCCUACCUCAAAUCCUGCCUGUGAUUUCAUUUGUUUGCAGUGCUUUUCCAGACAUUCUGCUACAAAAAGUUAAUUAUUUUUCUCUCUUAAUAUUGCUGCCAGUAGCUCUUCUUAAUGAUCAGGCAUCACACGUAGAUCCCCGACGGCGAUGAUAUUUUCUUUAUACCCAUGCAUGCUUAACGUAGUAAAUGAAUAAAUGCAUUUUUUUGUGCAUUGCAGGGGGGUAGACUAGAUGGCCCCUGGGGUCCCUCCUGUGAGGGUGGAUCCAGGUGUGGGCAGGGAGGGGCUGUUUGGGGGCUUGCUUCCUACAGGUGGGGGCCUGGGCAGCUGCUGCUGCUGCUGCUUUGAGACCCCCCCUCCUUAGAGGGGAAGGGUCUCUCUGGGGCGUUUUGCUCUGGGCACCGUUCUGGGAUCUUGAUGGGGUGCAGCACUUUCUGGGAGGCGGGUCUGUCCAUCCCUGGCAUUGUCAGGAUCAGAGGGUGACCCUCGUUGUCUCUCUUCCCUAGGGCAGCCCCGGCCGGAGCGUGGCCAGUGCAGGGGCGGAGGAGGAAGAAGAGGACGAGGAAGAAGAGGAGGAGGAAGAGUCUUCGUCAGAGUCGGACAUAGAAGCCGAGCUGCAGAAGAGCCUGGAGGAGGAAGAGGAGGAGGAAGGGGCUGCCCCAGGUAGGCUGGGGGCUAGGGUGGCAUCAGAAGGGACCCCCCACUUUCUGAAGGAGUCUGUCCCUCCUUUGGAAGGGGGUGGCUCCUCCUCCUGCGGAGGUUUCUAAGCAGAGGCUGGGAGGCCGUCUGUCACGUGGCUUGAACCCGCCACCCUAAGAGUCUCAGGCUCUACCGACUGAGCUAUUGGCUGUGCGGAUGCUUUGGCUGAGAUUCAUGACCCUGGGGGCCCACCCUGAGGGGCCUUUGUGGUGGGGGUCCUGCCAUUUCACACACAAGCAGAAAGAGAAAAAACGAAGGAGCGCAGAGUCCGGAAUCGAGCUACGCAUGCUCUUAUGGAUUAGAUCGGGGGCAGCAAACUACAGCCCAGGGGCCAGAUGCGGCCCACCGGGCUCGUAAAUCCAGCCUGCGGACCCUGCCGCCCACCCAGUCAGUCCCCGCGCUAAACCGGCAUGGCGCGCAGGGACUGACUUCUGCGACGCUGGCACGGCUUUGGAUUAGCAGCAGGAAGCUCCUGCAGCCAUUCUGAAGCCGUGGACAUCUCUGGGUGACAUCUCCCUCCUUCCUGCGGAGGCGGCCGCAUAUGGCCAAGAGCCGAGUGGGAGGAGGAAGCAGCAACUUGGCUUCUCGCAGGGAGGGAACUGCCAGAAGGCCCUUGGCGCUGGACCUCAGUGUCCGGUCUGGAUGAUGAGGGUGGAAAUGCUCCUUCAGUUAUACUGGGCCAAGGCUGUUUUCUGGCUUUAAAGGUCAGCACCAACAAUUGAAACAUACUGGAAGCCAGUGUAGGUCUUUCAGGACCAGUGUUAUAUGGUGUCGGCGGCCGCUCCCAGUCAUCAGUCUAGCUGCUGCAUUCUGGAUUAGUUGUAGUUUCCGGGUCGCCUUCAAAGGUAGCCCCACAUAGAGCGCAUUGCAGUAGUCCAAGCGGGAGAUAACCAGAGCAUGCACCACUCUGGCAAGACAGUCCGCAGGCAGGUAGGGUCACAUCCUGCGUACCAGAUGGACCUGGCAGACAGCUGCCUUGGACACAGAAUUAACCUGUGCCUCCAUGGACAGCUGUGAGUCCAGAAUGACUCCCAGGCUGCGCACUGUUGGUUUCUGCUUUCCUUCACUGUGCAGCUAACUUGUCACGAGACAGGUGUUUACAUUCCACAGUCUGUACUGUUGGAGUUUCUCACGGGAAAGGGAGACUGGAUGUGACGUACACUGGUUUCCUGUUUUUCACUGUGUGAUUCUCUCCGAGCUGUUGAGGAGAGAGGAUGCAUUUUUCUGCUCCUGCAGAGGCAAGAUGUCUUUCUGUAAUAUACUUGCUUUGAACUGUAAAUAAAGCAAUAUAGAGUAUGUAGCACGUAUUGCUCAUCCUUCCGCUGGGCACGACAGACUCUGCUUUAAAUCAACACGUGGUUAUGGGCCCAGAGGUCGAAUCGGAGUGCCGGCAAAGGAUCGGAAUGCAGAGGGACGGAUCGGAACGGAAUCUGCUCUGCGCGUAGAAGUGAUUGAUGAGGUGUGUGCUACUGCUCCGGGCAGCCUGCCAGCUUCAAGUUAAUGGCUUUAUGGCUGGACUUUGAACUUUUAAAGCCGGUUUUGCCGGGAAUAGGCAAAAGGCUCCCAGGCACAAGUCACUAUGCUGGGGAACUCGAACGUAACUUUUAAGUGUGCCUUUGUAAUAAGGCAGCUGCAGCAGUGACGCAGCAAGAUUUAAAGCAGCAUAUGACGCUGAAGGCUAAUGCCAGAGUCAUGAUGGCCCUUCAGGAUGCUUGUGGGAUUCCUAAGCUCAACAAGAAAAAUUACAGCGACUGGGUUCAGUAUGCAGAGGCAAUUCUGCGGAAAGAGGGUUUGUUUGAGGUGAUUACAGGAACCCCCAGUUCCAGUUACAGAUGCAUGGAAAGCUAAGGAUUCCAAAGCAAGGGGAACUCUUACAUUGAUAGUAUCCCCAGAAGAGCUCUGUCUAUUGCGUGAUAAGACCUCAGCCAGAGAAAUUUGGGACGCUCUGAGAGAGGCUCACUUAAGGACAGAAGCUGGAUCCACUAUGUUUUAUUUUAACAAGCUGCAUAAUAUGGCUCUUGCUGAAGGUGGAGAUGUGCGUUUACAUCUGAUGCAGAUGCAAAAUCUGAGACAUGAGCUGCAACAGAGAGGACUCAACUUUCCAGAGGCUGUGUAUUCUUUCAUGAUACUACAAUCUUUGGGUUCAGGUUGGGAGUCUGUUGCAACCCAGAUUGCUGUGCAACCAACUGCUCAGCUGACAGUGGACUUUGUUACUGCCGUGAUUUUAAAUGAAGCAGAUCGCCGGGGUGCUAGCUGCAUGGGCAAAGGGGAGUCUUCACAGACGUCAUCCCAUAGUGCAGUGGAACCACCAGAUGGCGCCAAAGCUUUGGAGGCAGUGAAAUGCUACUCGUGUGGACGUCUAGGCCAUAUGAAGAGGGAAUGCAGACAUCCCAGGGCCAAGACAGAGCAGCGCAGCGAAAGCUCAUCGCGCGGAAAAGGCCGAGGCAAAGGCAAAGGUCCGGUGUCUAAGACAACGCAGCACAAGGCUAUGGUUUCACGCUUCACUCCAAAGGUUGCAGAGGUCCAGAAGACGUCUAGAUCUUUCUUCGUUGUUGAUUCAGCGGCCACCCACCACAUGUGCAACGAUAAGAAACUGUUUGUGUCUUUUACACCGCAGGAAGGUGCGAUUCACCAGGCGGAUGACCACACUAUUCCCAGUAAAGGCUACGGAACUGUUGUUCUUCACAGUUUGGACUUAUCGAUACAGAAUGUGCUUUACGUGCCAGACGCCAAACAUAAUCUGCUCAGCGUUGGACAGCUGAAUGAGCGGAACAUUGACGUUUCCUUCAAGAACAAGAAGUGCAUCAUCACAAAGAAAAAUGAUUAUGUAUUGCAUGCAGAAUAUGUUGAUCAUUUGUUUGUUUUGUAUUAUGAUGAUGUGGUGCAGGAUGACACUUGUUGCAUUGCAGGUUCUAACAAAAGUUUGCAUGCAGAAUGUAUUCACGAUUUUCAUCGAAAAUUUGGUCAUUUGCAUUUUGAGGCAGUAUCUAAAAUGCCUGCCUUGGUUGAAGGUAUGACUAUUAAACCCUGCAGGUACCACAUGAAGUGCAAAGCAUGCGCAGCAAACAAAGUGAAAAUGGCUGCGAAAGGUAAGGUGUCUAGCAGGAAAGCUACAGAACCAUACCAGGUUGUUCAUGCUGAUUUGGUUGGUCCACUUGCGCCCUCUUUGGGUGGAAAUAGAUACUUCAUGGUUCUCAUUGAUGCAUUUUCUAGAUAUAUUUUUGUGUACAAUCUCAAGCAGAAAUCGGAGGCUUUUCCUAGGUUCAAGGAAUUCUGUGCUUGGUUGGAAAAUGUGCAUGGUAAGAAGAUAAAGACUCUUUUCAGUGAUCGCGGGGAAUUCACUUCUCAGCAGUUUGAAGCUUUUCUGACUGAGAAAGGAAUUCAACACGAUUUGUCUAGUCCUCGCUCGCCAUGGCAGAAUGGACUUGCGGAACGGGCAAAUCAGACAUUGCUUCAAGGGUUAAAAACCUUGCUGCAUGAUGCCAAUCUUCCAGAGAGUUAUUGGGCCGAAUCUCUCUCGUGUUUUGUUUACAGUUACAAUCGCAGGUUAUCUUCAGCGAUUGGAUGUACCUCUAUGAGAAGAUGUUUGGCAAGAAGCCAUACAUCAAACACAUGAAGAGUUUUGGUUCUGACAUGUGGGUUCGCUCACCACAAAACUCCAAGUUAGACAUGCGUGGAUUGCAUGGUAUCUUUCUAGGUUAUCAGAAAGGGUCUUACAGAAUAAUGAUGACUGACUCUAAGACAAUUAAGCUCACGAGAAGUGUUGAGUACAAUGCAAAGUGGGGGAGAAUGUGGGAAUUUUCCAAUGUUAUCCUGAUGACGGUGAUGAGACUGAGGAUAGUCAAAAGCAACCACAACAACCCACACCCACUGAUGAAGGUUCUGAGUCUGAAUCUGAAACUGAAUCGGGUGAUUCAGAGGAUUUCAAGAGUGCGAAAGCCUCUAUGCGACCCUCUGAAAGCUCUGAUCAAGAAUUGGAGGAACCAUUGUUCACAAUAGGUCGUUUUUCUCCUAAGAAGGAAGAGGAGAGUGUUGAAGACUUAAGGCUAAUUCAGUAGGUCACAGAGAGCCACAAAAGGCAAACCUCCAAAGAGAUUUGCUGAUGAGUUUGCUAAGAUAGCAGUAACAGCUGUUAAAAGCUCCAAGAAGGUAUUUGAACCUUCAAGUUUCCAAGAAAUCCAGGGUUUGGAUUCAAAGGAAGCUGAGCCAUGGUUAAAUGCCAUGAAGGCUGAGCUUGAUUCCUUAGAAAGGAACAAAACAUGGGAGCUAGUUCCAGUAGUUCCAGGAAUGAAACUGCUUGGAAGCAAAUGGGUCUUCAAAGCGAAGACAGAUCAAAAUGGCAAGAUAGUCAGACACAAAGCCAGAUUGGUAGCCAGAGGUUUUGCACAGGUACCAGGUGAAGACUAUCACGAGACCUAUUCACCCACAGUGAGAUAUGAAAGCAUUAGGCUUAUGCUCAAGCUAGCUGCAGAGGAAAAUCUACACAUUAGUCACCAUGAUAUUAAUACAGCUUUUCUGUACGGAUCUCUAGAUGAAUCACUUUAUAUGCUUCCACCUGAUGGCGUACAGGUAAAACAGGGAUUUGUUUGUGCUCUGAAGAAAUCCCUUUAUGGUCUCAAACAAAGUGCACGGUGUUGGCACACAAAACUCACUGAAGUAUUGUUUUCUCUAGGUUUUCAGCAAGGGAAAGCUGAUCCAUGUGUAUUUGUCAAAGAGGAGGGGCAAAAGAAACUGUACUGUUUGUUUUAUGUUGAUGAUUUAUUAUUCUUUUGGAAAGAUGUCGCAAUGUACAAUAGCGCCCUAGCUCAACUGAAAGAGCACUUUGACAUGAAAGAUCUUGGUGAGGUAAACAACUACCUAUCUCUGGAAAUAGAGAGAGAUCAAGAUGGUAACAUUCUAGUACACCAGUCACGGAAAAUUGCUGAUGUGUUAAGCAAACUAAAUCUGAUGGAUGCUAACCCUAUAGACACACCGAUGACAACAGGUUAUCAGGUAGAUGACACUGAAGAAGCAUUUUCUGACACUACACUGUACAGGAGUGUGCUAGGCAAGCUAAACUUCAUUGCCAGAUGUUCAAGACCAGACAUUGCUGUUAGCUGUAAUUUGCUAAGCAGACAAGUCAACAAUCCUAGUGUCAAGGAUUGGAAAGCUCUGAAACGCAUAGCGCGGUAUUUGAAAGGCACUAUGCAUUACAGACUGAGAUUUAACAAUCAGAAGUCUGGUGGUCUUGAGAUAUUUGCAGAUGCAAGUUUUGGAAGUGACGCUACAGACAGGAAAAGUACGUCUGGAGUUUGCUACAUGUACAAUCAGGGUCUUUUUGAUUGGUCAUGCAAGAAGCAAACAACAGUUAGCUUAAGUACUUGUGAAGCUGAACUGAAUGCACUGUCUUAUUCACUUAAGGAUUGUGAAUGGUUAGUACAAUUGUGCAAAGAUAUGAAAAUUCCUGUCAAAUGUCCAAUCCAGGUUUACCAGGACAACAAAGCAUGUUUGGCUUUGCUGAAGUCUGAAGGUUGUAAGCAAAGCACAAAGCACUUACAAUUAAAGUUGCAGCAUGCUAGGGAAUGUAUUCAGAAGGGACUCGUAACGGUGUCCUAUAUGCCAGGUAAUGAAAUUCCUGCUGAUGUAUUGUCCAAGAUUGUAUCAAGGGAUCAACACUGUACCUAUGUGCAGAAGUUGGGUUUGUACUGAUAUUGUGCAAACACGCUGCCCAGUGAUGUUCACAGAAAGGGGGGGAUGUUGGUUUCUGCUUUCCUUCACUGUGCAGCUAACUUGUCACGAGACAGGUGUUUACAUUCCACAGUCUGUACUGUUGGAGUUUCUCACGGGAAAGGGAGACUGGAUGUGACGUACACUGGUUUCCUGUUUUUCACUGUGUGAUUCUCUCCGAGCUGUUGAGGAGAGAGGAUGCAUUUUUCUGCUCCUGCAGAGGCAAGAUGUCUUUCUGUAAUAUACUUGCUUUGAACUGUAAAUAAAGCAAUAUAGAGUAUGUAGCACGUAUUGCUCCAUUCAGGACCAGGGAGCCCCCCACACCUGUCCGCCCCCUGCCACCCCAAACAGUACUUCUGUAUUUUGUUCACAUUUUGUAGCGAGGGCGGGAAAAUGGUAUUAAAUUGAAUUAAUUUGGUUUGAUUUGUAGUAAUUUGGUAAAUCAAUAAAAAUAAUUGGCCAAAUGAUAAAUUAAAACAGCAUAACCCUGCUGUCCCUCCCAGAUGAUGACCCCCGCGUCCAGGAAGUGGAGGCCGACCAGCACAUGGACUUGGAGGCGCCUGAGCUGGUGCCGUCCUCCUCGGAGGAAGAGCCGGACGAAGAGGACGAGGAAGAGCACAACCCGGAGGGGCGCCAAGGAGAGGAACGUGGACAGCGCGUGGGGCAGGCCCCUGCGGACCCCCCUCCUGCCGUGGGCACCUCCCCCUCCCAGCAGUUCCUCCUGGAGAUUGAGGAGGCCCUGACGCUGGAGGCGGGCGAGACGCCGCCCCCCACCCCCUCCCCCCCGCACCAGACCCCAGAGGGCAGGGGGGCCUCGCCCGUCUUCCGGUCGCGCCAGAAGCUGCCCCAUCCCCAGAGGCCCCCGGCCAAGCACGGCCAUGUGCAGGACAACGGCAGUCUCCGCGGGGCGGGCGGGGGGCCCCUGCGUGGGGUGAACGGGCAGCCCCCCAGCAAGCGGAGCAGGCGGGACUCCAACAGGUGAGUGGGGGGCAGGGAGGUGGUAAGGGGGAGAGGAGACUCCAUGGGAAAGUGGGGGGCAAGCGGGGGGGGCGGGCUAGAGGGCCCUUGGCUGUUCCUCCAAGUGCAGUUCUGUGAUUGCAAGGGGGCUGAGGUUUCCAGGCUGGCCCAGAAGGAAUCUAUAGGUCCUGCCCCGAACCUGCCUGGGUGCUGAGCCCUCAGAGGGAGAGCCUCUUUUAAGAAAUGCUAACUUAUAGACUUUCCUUCAUCCAAAGAGCACCGGGCGCUGGCAAGAUAAAAGGCAAAUGCAGAACAUAAUGACCAAAAGCACAAUACCAGUCGCUGACCCAUUUGCGCCCAAGGCCCGGUGGAAGAGGAAUGUUUUUGCCUUUCCUUACUUCAAUAGGUCCGGCAAACACAGUAAAUUGCAGAGAUGUUUCAUCUGCACAUUUUUUAAAAAUUCCGCCUCUGGGUCUUUUCUGCAACUGCUCUCAGAGUGCAGGAUUGCCUGACAAAAGAGGCUCCUUCCUUGCUGUCCCGCCAGAAGAUUAUUUAUUGUUGUUGUUGUUGUUAUUAUUAUUAUUUUAUUAUACACUGUCCUAUACCCUGAGGUUUCAGGGCGUUUCACAGAAUAAAAUCAAAAUAUUGAACCACAAAAUACAUAAAAUAAAAACAACAUAGCAAAUCCCCCCUGCCAAAAACCACCUUUUAAAAGGGAAUAGGAUCCUCACAACAUUUAAAGUAAGACAAUUAACAAACCUGGACAGGAGCCACGUUUUAUUACUAUUGUUGUUGUUAUUGCUGCUGCUGUUAUUGUUAUUUUCACGGCCUUCCUUUCCUGGCGGCCUUUGGGAACGCAGGUGCAAAGGCAACCGACUACUAGUCUGCUGUCGGGGGAAACCGGAUACUGAUUUCUGUUUUGAAAUGUGCUCUGACUCUUGGUGUGAUCUUUUAGCCUAGUCCAGAGGGAGCUGGACUCUCCUUUCUUGGCGGUUUUUAAGCAGAGGUUGGGAUGAGCCAGGGGUUCUUUGGACAAGUCCAGAUCAAAUCCCAAAUGGCAUUUCCCAAAGUUCUGCCCAAAAGCAGAGUAAGUUUCCUGCUGACUCUCAGCGUUAUCCUGGCCAGACACCAUUUGUGGGUCUUCCGUGGGGGCUGCUGCUUCUUGGGGUGGCCAGAUCAGGAGUAGCCCAGACCCUGAGAUGUCCAGGCCCAGACCUGAGGCUGAAGGGCAGCCCCCUUCCCCAGGGAUGUCACGGAGUCCCUGAGAGCUGGUUGUAGCCUUCCCAGAGCAAGGAAGGAUUGGACUCUGAUUAUUAAAAUCCACACAAGGCUUGACUAGCAAGAUUCUGGGAGGAGGUGCCAAUAAUAAUAAUUCUCCUCUGUCCACCCCUUGGCCCAGGUCGUUUUAUUCACAAAAGAACUUUUUACACAGUGUUCGUAAGAACCAAUCAGAUUUCCUCUGAGCAUUUCAAAAAACCCCACGUGGGAACAAAGUUAAAGUUCAAACUACAAAGAAACUAUUUCCUACUUGGGCAUGCAUAGUAGUCCAGAGUAAAUAAAAUAGGAAUAAAAGGAGGAAUGCAUUCAGCAAAACCCCAGAGGUCAUAAACAGGAGAGACAGGAUGGCAGUAUUUACCAGCUCCUUGUGAACUCUCUUCCUGGCCUUUAAGAUCUAUCUAAAGAUUAAACUACAUUAAAGUAGCCUACUAUCUUUAUGUGCGGAGGAUGUCUGAUGAAGCAAGUGGCCUGCGGUUCAGAAUGCUUAUAUGUGCCUGUCAGGUGUAGAGAAAGCAAAUGGCCGAGGUGGAGAGGCCUGGGGGAUUCGAUCAGAAACGAUUGUCAAUGAAUCAAACCCAGUCAACGCCACGCGUUCAUCGCGGACACAAUGGCGUGCUCCAUAUUUCAUAAUUCCUCCUAGCAAUCCCACCUGACCCCCACACUGGUCAUGGAAUCAGAGAAGGGUGGACUUGGAAGGGACCCUGAGGGUCAUCUAGCCCAACCCCCUCAAGGGUCCCUGUCAGGGGGGCUCCCAACCUCCGCUUGGAAACGGUCAGAGAUGCUUGAGGGGCGAUUCCUUCAGGGCAGGCGGAAUGGGCUGGGUGACCCCUCGGGGUCCCUUCUCCAACUCUGCGAAACGCUCUGAGCCGCCUCAGCCCCCGGGGGGGAGUCAGGCCGUGCAAGCGCCCCCUGAAUCUGUGUUUCUUCUCUGGCAGCUGCAUUGAGGUGCCCAGCACUGGCUCGGAGGAGGAGGAGGAAGACGAGGACGGAGAGGGGCGCCUCAGCCCGGCCCCCUUGGCCGACUCCACCUGCGCCGACUCCCCAGGCCUGGGGCUGGUCAGCAGCUCCCAGGGCAGCCCCCAGCCGCAGAAUCAGGGCCACCUCCUUGCAGCCAUCUGGAAGGUACUAAAUGGGGGGGGGUGGAUUGCCCCAGGGACAAGAGCCCUGAUCGGGAGCCCCAGAUUGCCUCUUCCUUCCUCUCCCAGCACCAGCCCUGGGGGAGCUCAGCUCCUGCUUCUUCCCCUGGGAGUCAGCGCCUGAGCAGAGCCUCCUGGAUUCGGCCAGUGGCUGCUCCAGCCUCCCCUCCUCAUAGUGGCCAAAUACGCCUAGGUAUCUCCUUUUCAAUUGACCCAGCUGGUUGGCUGUGCCUGCCUCUUGUGGCAGGGAGUUCCACACAUCAACUGAGGAGGACCUUCUUUUGCCCGCCUCAAAUCUUCCCGUGUUGAGCUUCUUCAAAUGCCCGCGAGUUCUAGCCGUGACGUGAGAGGAAGGAAAACUUCUCUCUUUACGCCAGAAGAGUUUUCCUAAACUUUGCCCCCCUCCUCCCAGCUGGUCUGCCUCAGGGAGGUCCCUGGUGAGCCGGGUGGGGCAGCCGGGGGCCUUUGGGUGCUGCUCUGGGGAGGGAGGGGGUGCAGGGCACCGGUUUCCUCUUCUGACCCCCCUCUCUCCCUACCCCCGCAGGCCAGCGUGGCGACCCAGUGCGACCCGGAAGAGAUCAUCGUCCUGUCAGACUCGGAUUAGCCCCCUCACCACAAUCUGACACAGACUUUGGGGGGCGGGGAGCAGAAGGACAGGUGGAAACCCCCCCUAAAAAAUCUUGGCUUGCUGGAAGAUGGUGACUGCCUCCAUGGACUCAGGGGUGGGGGGGCUUCUGCGUGAUGCAUGGGGGGGGCAGGGGGACGAAGGGCGGGGACUGCAGUGUUUGUAUUCUGGUUGCCAUGGGGGGUGGGGGGUGUAUUGAUGUUCUGUCCGUUUGGGAGCUCAUUUUGCAAAAAAAAAAAAAAAAAAAAGCAGGGGGAAUUAAAAAUAGGCAAAUAUUUUUCUGU